AUGGUGCAUCAGGCUCAGGGGCAGCUUGUGCAGGAGCUGGCCACCGGCGGCCUCCCCCGCGCCGCCGAGCCGGUGACCGGCCAUGGCAUGCCGGAGGCGCUCCUGGACGACAUCCGGGAAGUGGCAAGAGAGUUCUUCCACCUGCCGUCCAAGGAGAAGCUCAAGUACGCCAACCAGACGGAGGGCGGCGAGUUCCAGAACGAGGGCUACGGCACCGACCGCGUGGACACCGACGAGCAGAUCCUCGACUGGUGCGACCGGCUGUACCUCCAGGUCCAGCCGGAGGACGCGCGGCAGCUGAGACUCUGGCCGGACCACUCGCCGUCGCUCGGCAACCUCCUGCACGAGUACACGCUGCGGAGCGAGCAGGUGGCCAAGCAGGUGCUCAGGGCCAUGGCGCGGACCCUGGGCUUCGGGGAGGACUUCUUCGUCGGCCGGCACGUCGGCGAGAAGGUGGCGACGUACGCACGGCUCACCUACUACCCGCCGUGCCCGCGCCCGGACCUCGUGCACGGGCUGAAGCCCCACACCGACAACUCCGUCAUCACGACGCUCCUCCUCGACCGCGACGUCGGCGGCCUCCAGGUUCUCAAGGACGGCCGGUGGGUCGACGUGCCCGUGCUUGGCUACGACCUGCUGGUGGUCGUCGGCGACGAGAUGGAGAUCAUGAGCAACGCGGUGUUCAGGGCGCCGACGCACCGCGUGGUGACCAGCCACAGGGAGAGGAUGUCGCUGGUGCUCUUCUACCAGCCGGAGCCGCACAGGGACCUGCAGCCCGCCGAGGAGCUGGUGGACGACGCCCGCCCGGCGCUGUACAAGAAGCUCAACGUCAAGACCUUCGCCGACGGGUUCUGGGACGCCUUCGCGCUCGGCGAGCCCACCAUCACUACCUCAAUGGCCAGGGUAGUAGACAAGGAGGCCGCUGCGUGA